GUGUAAAUGCGGAUGUGUGUGACAGACCAGCGCGCCAAAACUGUCCAGCGACAACAAAAGCAAAGCGGUACCGACUGGCCUGGGUCAAAACCUCGGGUAAGCUAAGCUAAACGACGGCAGGAUGGCUUUGCUCGACCGGUGCCAGGUUCUGUUCAAGACGGCGAACCUGUACGAGGUGCUGGGCAUUAAAAAAGAGGCGACCGAGGCGGAGAUCCGCAGGAGCUACUACAAAGUGUCGCUAAAGGUUCACCCGGACCGGGCCCCCGACGACCCGCAAGCCACAGAGAAGUUCCAGGUGUUGGGCAAGUUGUAUGCGGUACUGAGCGAUAAGGAACAGCGGGCUGUCUACGAUGAGCAGGGCGUGGUGGACGAGGAGUGUGAUGUAUUGAGUAAGGAUCGCUGCUGGGACGACUACUGGAGGCUGCUCUUCCCCAAGAUCACCGUGCAGGACAUCCUUGAUUUUGAAAAGCAAUACAAGGGCUCCGACGAAGAGAGGAAUGACUUACUGCAGUUGUACACGCAGCAUCAGGGAGACAUGGACGCCAUCCUGGCCUCUGUGCUAUGCUGCUCCCAGGAUGACGAGCCCAGACUGGAAGACAUCAUCCGUGCGGCGAUCAAGGAUGGGGAGGUGGAGGAAUUCCCCGCCUUUGCGCAGGAGAGUGUCAAGAAGAAGAGGGCUCGCAGGAAAAGGGCGGACAGAGAGCGAAAAGAAGCAGAAGAGAUGCAGAAAGAGAUGGGCCUCGGCCAGGAGGACGACAGCCUCAUGAUGAUGAUCAAGAAAAAACACUCCUCCAGAGAGCAGAACUUCAACAGCUUCCUGUCUGACUUGGAAGCCAAGUACUCCAAGAAAGGUGGAAAAUCCUCUAAGAGGGGAAAGAAGUGAGGAGCAUUUGGACUCUAAGUUAUGGAAAAGAAAUUUGCACCAGUUCAAGAUGGAGUUGCAGCUUAUUGCCAUUAGUUAAGUCAAAUUAUCUUCAUUGUUUGAAAUGUGAGGUUCCUGUCAUAAAAUGUAAGUGUGUAUUUUGUUGUCAAUGUCAGAGGAAAAUAAAAUUGUUAUUCUUGUACAUGA